AUGAGCAACCUUCCCAACACUGUUAACCUUGAAGCCAACACUUCUGGCAAAAAAGACCCAAGAAAAAACUUCACUAUUGCUGAAGAUAAACAGCUCUGUCAUUCAUACCUUUGCAUUGCCUUGAAUGCAAUUCAAGAUUAUGCUCCUGAGGGCUGCAUUCCGCAUAAUGAAUAUUCUUUGCCUGCUUGCUGGCAAAUUAUAAACAAGGGUGUAAACAAGUAUGUCAGUAUCUUGUUGGCUAUAGUGCACUCAAAUUCCAGUGGCACCAACAACGAAUGGAAUGAGGCAAAGGCAGAUGAGAUGUACUUCGUUGAGACAAAAACGAAGUUCAACCUUUUGGCAGCCUCUGCCCCUAACCCAAUUGGUGAGGGUAUAGACGAAGAGGAGUUUCUAGCUCGCUCAGCUGGAAGAAAGUUUGCCAAGGAGCAAGAGGCGACUAAAAGAAAGUGGGAGAAGAACAUUGAGAGACUGAUUGUGUUGCAUUCAGAAAGUAUUGCAAAGGGUAAUGAGCGCAAGAAGCUCCUAAAAAAGACUAUGGAGUCUAAUGUUUUGGUGGCAAAGGCCAUAAGAGAGAAAAAUGCCAUCCUUCAAAGGACUCAGGACAUAAAGGUUCUGUUGAUUGAUACUUCUUUGAUUGCAGAUCCUGUCAGCUGUCAGAUGAUGUUGGACUUGAAGAAGAAAGUUCAGGAAAGAGGUAUAGUGAAUACUCCUAUCAGUAAUAAUGACAGUAUGAGCAGCAAUCUCUUUGAUAUUAGUAGCAAAGGAGAGGAUUGUGAUGGCAAUUAG